AGAGAAGGAAAAGUUUGGUACUAUUAAGGAGAUCCAUUUCCUCGGGGACCCAGGAAGGGGGGAGGGUUGCCAGUCAGAGCUAGGGUUUUUGGGCUCUGAGGAGAGGAGAGCAAUAUGGGAUAUAAGGAGGAUGGGCUUCCUGACACCAAAGCCCAUGGGGGUACUGGAGGUCCUGGGUUCUUAUCCCCUGUGUUACCCUGGUUGAAUUCCAGCAAGACCGGGGUUUCAGUCAGUCUUGAGGGGAAGGGGCUGCUGGCCCUGUUCGCCGCGCCUCCACCCCGGCUCUUCUCAGACCCGGAAAGGUCCCGGUCUAAGCCUCCAAUUAGAGCCUUUCAUUGGCUCCCUCUCUACCCUCCCCCGCCCCCCUGACCUCUGCCCCAAGUGCCGAGACGUCUGAUUGGUUGCCCCAUGUCCCCCGGCCGCCUCAUUGGCUCUUCUCCCUCGCUCUACAUCCCUGCUCCUGCACCGGUCUCCAUCUCCCAGCAGAAGGCGCAGCCAUGAAUCCGUUAUUCGGCCCUAACCUCUUCCUCCUACAGCAGGAGCAGCAGGGCCUGCCCGGGCCUCUGGGGGACUCUCUGGGAGGCGACCAGUUCACCGGGGGAGGGGACUUGGCCACGGCGCCGCUCGCCCCGGCUGGCCCCGCUGCCUUCUCGCCGCCCGGGCCGGGAACGGCGCCCCCCGCCGCCAUGGCACUCCGGAACGACCUGGGCUCCAACAUCAACGUGCUCAAGACCCUGAACCUCCGGUUCCGCUGCUUCCUGGCCAAGGUGCACGAGCUGGAGCGCCGGAACCGGCUGCUGGAGAAGCAGCUUCAGCAGGCGCUAGAGGAGGGUAAGCAGGGCCGGCGGGGCCUGGCACGCCGCGACCAGGCCGUGCAGACCGGCUUCGUCAGCCCCGUCCGGCCCCUGGGGCUGCCCCUGGGCGCCCGGCCGGCCGCCGUCUGCACCCCGUCGGCGCGCGUUCUGGGCUCUCCCGCGCGCUCACCCGCCGGCCCCCUCACGCCCUCCGCGGCCGGCCACACGUCGUCCUCCACCUCCCUCGCCACCGCCUCCUCCACCUACUCCUCGUCCGCCCGCUUCAUGCCGGGCACCAUCUGGUCCUUCUCUCACUCCCGCCGGCUCGGGCCGGGACUGGAGCCCACCCUGGUGCAAGGGCCUGGUCUGUCGUGGGUGCACCCCGACGGGGUGGGCGUCCAGAUCGACACCAUCACGCCGGAGAUCCGCGCCCUCUACAACGUGCUGGCCAAAGUGAAGCGGGAGCGGGACGAGUACAAGCGGAGGUGGGAAGAGGAAUACACAGUUCGCAUACAGCUGCAAGAGCGAGUGAACGAGCUCCAGGAGGAAGCCCAAGAGGCGGAUGCCUGCCAGGAGGAGCUGGCGAUGAAGGUGGAGCAGCUGAAAGCCGAGCUAGUGGUCUUCAAGGGGCUCAUGAGCAACAACCUGUCAGAGCUGGACACAAAGAUCCAGGAGAAGGCCAUGAAGGUGGACAUGGACAUCUGCCGCCGCAUCGACAUCACAGCCAAACUGUGCGACGUGGCUCAGCAGCGCAACUGCGAGGAUAUGAUCAAAAUGUUCCAGAAGAAGCUGUCUCUGCACUUGUCUCCCAUUAAGGUCCCAUCCAUGGGGGGGCGGAAGCGGGAGCGCAAGGCUGCCAGCGAUGAGGACCCCUCCCUGUCGGAGAGUGACGGGCCCCGCCAGCCCGAUGGGGAUGAGGAGGAGAGCACAGCCCUCAGCAUCAACGAGGAGAUGCAGCGCAUGCUCAACCAGCUGAGGGAGUAUGAUUUUGAGGACGACUGUGACAGCCUGACUUGGGAGGAGACUGAGGAGACCCUGCUGCUGUGGGAGGAUUUCUCAGGCUAUGCCAUGGCAGCGGCAGAGGCUCAGGGAGAGCAACAGGAAGACAGUUUGGAGAAGGUGAUUAAAGAUACCGAGUCCUUGUUCAAAACCCGGGAGAAGGAAUAUCAGGAAACCAUUGACCAGAUAGAGCUGGAGCUGGCCACAGCCAAGAACGACAUGAAUCGGCACCUGCACGAGUACAUGGAGAUGUGCAGCAUGAAGCGGGGCCUGGACGUGCAGAUGGAGACCUGCCGCCGGCUCAUCACCCAGUCUGGAGACCGAAAGUCUCCUGCUUUCACUGCGGUCUCGCUUAGCGACCCGCCGCCACCGCCAAGCGAGGCUGAGGACUCCGAUCGCGAUGUCUCAUCUGAUAGCUCCAUGAGAUAGGAAUCUGCCUCCACCUUGGCUCCCCCUGUGGCCUCACCCUGCUGGGGACUCACCGGGCCAGAGGGUGGUAGAAGAGGGCUCACGGAGGGGAAUGGCACUUGCCCCACUGCACCGAGGCUGCCCCCAGGGCCUGGGCCCCCCUUUCUUGGCUUCCUCCUUGGCAUCUCCAGGGUUGUAGGGUCUGAAGCUAGGCUUGGCCCUGCCCCUCUCGGCUAACUCCCACCACAGUUGGGACUAUCUUGCCUCCAUGUGUGGGUGUCUGCUGCUUUCCCGUCUUUAAAAUGCUGCCAGACUGCAACGUGGCCCCUGACCUUUUCCUUUAUGUAAGGAAUGUGUUGGCUCUUCCGUCUAUCCCAUGGCCUAGCCAGCUCACUGUUUUUGAUUCCAUACUGGUGCUCACUGGCCCAGGCGCUGGUAUGAAGUGGAUUAAGCUGGGUGUUCAGUGGCUUGUACAACACCUGCAGUUGGAGGAGGUUCCCUCCCUGUUACAGGCAGAGGGAAGUGGGGCUGGGCUGGGAGCCAUCCCAAUGCUCACGGCUGGCUGACCACAUGAUGGAUGUAAAUCUAUCCUUCCUCUGGGAGGUGCCAUGCAUUAAAGGGGCUGUAGUGCCCUGGCAUAGCUGUCUUCUGGAUCUGACUGGUGCAGUAUCUUGGAGGGAGAUCCAAGCUCUUGCUCGGCUCCCAGUCAGCGUCAAAGAGAAAAAGGUGAAGCUACUUAUGUGUGUGCACAUUUGCACAUGUGGGUACGUGUGUGUGCUCAGGGUCUCAGUGUCUUUCAUCAGUUGAAGAUGUGCCUCCUCUGUCUGUCACAUGUGAGACCAAAAGGCUGAGUAAGAGGAUGUACCUGACUUGGAAAAGUUUGGAGAAACUGGGGAGAUGUCAUUGAGAGUGAUACCUCGGUUUAACUGCCUAGGGAGGCUGUACUGACAUUUCAGUGGAAUCUCUAAUAAUAAUGAAACUGGCAAUUA